CAGAUGAGGGAUGACAUCUGGGGAUACUAGCUUUCCUGUUUGAGUGACAUUAAACAAAUGGCUGUUGUUCUGUGAGACAAAAUGUCUAUAACAACUUGCCAGAAGGUUACUCUUAUAUCAUGCUCUGUUCUCUGUAUUUCUCUCUUCCUGCCCAGAAUGCUUUUACCCAGAGCGAAAAAGGAGAUGGGACGGCCUGAGGUUGGACCCGGGUACUACCCUCCUGUGAUUCAUCAGCUGUCAUUGCCAGAGGACCCAGAGCGCUGGGGUGUGGAUCCUUCUGUGUACUCAUUGACACACAGUGCUGAGGUCAUGGCGAAAUUCAAAGGCAUGGGACAAGGCAAAAAACACAACCUGAUGGGUCAAGUGAUACCCAUAUACGGCUUUGGGAUACUACUUUACAUUGUUUAUAUAAUCUAUAAGCUGACAAUUAAGAACAAUACUACUAAAUCAAGGGACUACACUACAGUAUCCUACUGUAAGGCAAACAUGGAAAAUAAAAUUAAACCCGAUGUUGAGCUUGUUAGGCUUAAGCAGAAGCUUCUGCGAACAGAAAAGAAGAUGGAGAGGAUUGUCUCAGGGAAGAGUCGUGGUUCUGGGAGUGGAAGAAGUAAGAAGAGUAAAACUUCGAUGUCAAAGAAGGAAGAAAAAUUACUCAAGCAACUCAGACAGAUCUCACUGAUGAUACAAGAGGGCCGGAUGGAGGCAGCCACCCCAGAGAUGGAGGCUGAGGAGACCUCCUACUGUUCAGACUGGGAAGGUUACCCAGAGGAGACCUACCCAGAGUAUGAUGAGCCCUGUAAAAGCCGUGAGUUGGACAUCUUUACGCUGGAGGUACCCACCUACCAGCCCACCGCCGAGGCCCUUGCAGAGAGGAUGGAGCAAGAGGAGGAAGAGAUGAACUUAAGGAAACUAUCUGUAGUGGAAGAAGAGGAUGAAGAGGCAGAGGAGGAGGAGGAAGAGGAUGAAGAGGACGAAGAGGAUGAAGAGGAAGAAGAGGACGUUGAGGAUAAAGAGGAAGAAGUGGAUGAAAUAGAGGAAGGGAUAGAGCAGUACUUUGAGGAGGAGGAGGAGGAGGAGGAGGAGGAGGAGGAGGAGGAGAGGAAGAGGACGAGGAAGAGGCAGAUUAGCUUUAAUGAACACAAAGAUGUGUUUCACUACCCUAGAGAGGAUGCUUAUAAAGAAGAGGAAGAAGGGGAAGAAGAGGAAGAAGAGGAGGAAGAGGAUGACGAAGAGGAGGUGGGGGAAGAGGGUGAGGGGACAGAGGUGGAAGAGGAGGAAUUGGAUGAGGAAGAUCCAUUGAUGGAGGCAGAGAGCCUGCAAUUCAGCUGUGAGGGUGGUCCCAACCCAGAGGAGGAAGCUGAGGAGUUUAAUGAAGAGUACCUGUUAUUGUUAGAGUCUGUGGGGGAUGAAGGUCUUAUACAUGCUGACAUGCCUCAAGAAGUCGGGGUGAGUGGGCUGAGGAUGCGGAACAGGAGGGAAACAUAAAGGACCUUUCAGAUUACGUACACUUUUUUUUUUUUUAACAUACAGUCAUCUAAAUGUUCCUCAAGUUUACUAUUACUACUGAUCCCUCAUAUGUGUAAAAUAUAUAACCCAGGCUGAAUCAAGACAUCCAAUGCUGCUCUGAAGGGAUACUUUCAUAAAAAGGAUAGUCUCCUUUUACGUCUUCUUUAUGGUAAAGUUCCAAAUAAGUGUUUUCACUUAUUUGCCUGAUUAGACUCUCUUUAGUGUAAACAUGAAGGACUUGAUUGACAUCUCCCAUCUCCCUGUAGUUCAGGGGUGUCAAACUCAUAUUAGUUCAGGGGCCACAUACAGCCCGAUUGGAUCGGGUGGAGUCAGUAAAACAAAACUCAGUAAGCUAUAAAUAAUGAAAAAUUGCUCCCUUUGUUUCAGUGCAAAAAAGUACUUAUUGAAAAUGUUCAACAUUUAAUUAACUUUUAAAAUAUAUAUAUAUAUACUGUAUAUAUAUAUAUAUAUGAACAACCUUAAAUGUCUUAAGAAACAUUAGUGCAAUUUCAUCUAUUUUAUCCCUCAGUUUAUCAUUUACAAAGGUGCAUUACACCUUACAGAUCACAGUUUAUCUACAAAAACAUUUAGUGACUGUUAUCUGGAACUGAACAACAUCUGUGUAGUAAUCUUGACACACCACAAUACACACUCAAUUGAGGCUAUUAAGGUAGAAGGUUAAAUCAUCCCCCUGCCUUGUAAAUAAAAUGUAUACAUAAAGAAAAUAGGUAAAAAUUGUGGCAGUGCUUGAACAAUAGGGUUCCACCAAACCAAACUCUUUUGAACCUAAGCAGCCAACUGAUAUUUUAUUGCACAAUUACAUUUUUACACAUUGCAAAGUCAUCCCGUGGGCCGAAUUGGACCCUCUGGCGGGCUGGUAUUGGUCCCCGGGCCGUAUGUAUGACACCCCUGCUGUAAUUGGACCUGAGGGAGAUGGGAGACUUAAACAUUUGUAUUUGUUCAUUGUUGACAUGGCCCAACUUUAAUACAUAAGGUUGACCUGUGUGGGUUAGCAGAACCUUUUCAAUGAAGUUUAUUUUAAGAUGUCCUUAGAUUACUUUAGUAGCUAUUGUUAUUACUUUUUAUUCAGAAAAUGUAAAUGUUUUUGAUUUGAUUUGUAUUCCAUUCUUUAUUUAUCCAGAUUAAGAACAAUUGAGAUCAUUUUGUAAUGGCCACAUGGACAGGAAGGCAGCAGUUUCACAUGAUAAGUGCUCUUUCAUUCAUACCAUAAAACACGCAAUAGUACGUCACAAAUUGCACAGAGAAGAAAAUACAUCUACAAAAGAGAUUGAAUAUAUACAGACAGUGUAUUACAAAUAGAGGGAAUCCAUGGGUUCUGAAACCAGGAACAGAGAAUUAAGACUUUGUUUAUACAGUAUGUGAAGGACUUAAUAAGAAUACAGUACCUCUGUCAGUCAAUAUCUGGCUCCACCUUGUGGUCUAAUAUGGUUCUUCUCAUGGGUAAUGCUCCUUGUUUGUGGUAAUACGGCAUAUCAGUUUACAAUGCACAACAACAUGAUAAACAACAUCAAGGGAGCUUUAAAAAUACCCUCCCUGCAACAUUCCUUGUGGAAAUAAGAUCACUGCAGGAGUCCAAUCAAAGCAUGGGGAGGGUGUGGCUUAUAAGACGUUUGCUAAUUGGUAGCAGUGUAGCAUUGCAACAAACUGUGUCAAUAUGCAAAUAAAUGUGAACGUGAAGUCAGUAUCUGCUUUUCUUAUUGCUGGUUCUAGUGAUUGAUGGGAUUACGGUUUUAGAGAAAUCAAUCCUUCGCACUUGACCCAACUGUUUAUGUCCGCCUAUGGACAUUUGGUCUAACACAUGUCAGCUUUUGUCUGAAAUAAAUUAUAGCUUGAAAUGUUUUAGGUAUUACUUUUUAGUUAAAACAUUGAGUUUACAGCUGUUUUUAAGUCAUCAACUAUUUAUCACAAACAUUUUUGGUAUCUAUUAUGGAAUAUGAGCAGUUUUUCAACAUUAACAUUUUUAAGACAAGCACAGUUUGUUUGCUUACUCACAAGUAAACUAUGGGAUUUAAUACCUAAUGUCUGUUUUUCCCAGGUCAGCCAUCUCCGUAUUGUUGGAACGGUUGUGUGUCAAGAGUGCUAGAGUGAAACCGAACCAUGUAUCGUUUCACAUAACACUGCCACUCCUUAAAUAUUAUC